UUACCCCAGCCGCUCGCCAUAGUAGAAUGGUAGAUUUCCAGUUCAGUUAUCUCCAGAAGUACUUUCCAGAAUUUUCGUGGCUUGUCAUUGUGAGGUACUCUUUUUGCUAUAUUUUGUGUUUUGCUUGUAAUAUUUGCGCGAUUCGUAUGUUAGAGAAUCCAUUAGCCAUGAGCAAGCUUACGAAAGAGCAGAAAGACAAACUAAAACAGUUCCUCCAGUUGACGGAAACGGGAGAAGCUACUGCCCAGAACUGUUUAAUACAGUACAACUGGCGUUUGGAGAAUGCGGUGGAUGCCUACUUCACGAAUCCCUCACGGUUCUUCAUGGCGGAAAAGAAGCCCGUGGCGGACCGGAAGAAAAUUGAUGCUUUGUUUCACAAGUACAAAGAAGUGGAUCGUGAUCGGGGCGAAGAACGGAUCCUGGUGAAUGGGAUGAUUAAGCUGCUAGGUGAUCUGGGCUUACGACCGGAUGACAUCAAGACGCUGAUUCUGGCGUGGAAGUGCGAGGCCAAGACUCAGUGCGAAUUCAGUCAUGACGAAUUCACGCGUGGUUUAUUGGACCUGGGCGCAGAUGCUCCGGAUAGAAUCGUGCAGAAACUCCAGGCAGUCGAAAGUGAAUUGUCCAAUCUGCAGAAAAUGCGUGAACUGUAUAACUUCGCGUACGAUUAUGCCCAGCAGUCUUCGACACAGAAAAACUUGGACCACGACGUCGCCGUUGCUUAUUGGCGCAUAUUACUGACUGGACGGUUCGCUCUUCUGGAACAAUGGCUGCAGUUUCUUAAGGAGUGCAACCAUACCCGAUCUGUGCCGCGUGAUACCUGGAACUUGUUGUUUGACUUUGUGGCCAGUGUCAACGCGGAUUUGAAUAAAUACGAUAAGGAUGGCGCCUGGCCGGUGUUAAUUGAUGAAUUUGUUGAUUGGGUCCGGCCCAAAACGCCCUACGCAGUCCAGCCCGGGGCACGCGGAGAGGACGCGAUGGAAUAUUGAAUUUUUAAAAGAGACACAUCGUUUUCUUUAUAAGUCUUUCUGUUCGGAUUUGGUUGAUGGUGUACGUAUUGAUGAACUGGUUCAUGAUAUGUAGGACAUCUUUCUGGCUAUGAGAAUGUCAGCCGUUAACAAGGGAUUGCUGGGUAUUUGUAUGCAUUUAAUUGGUGCAAGCGUUUAGAAGGUUUUAUUUUGUUAGAUUGGGGAUUACGGUAUAUACCCGGAUAACCCAAAAUAAUUUUUUUCACUCUAGAAGGAACACGAACCAUUCAG